AAGCUAACAAGUGUAGACCAGGCCAGACCACUGCUCACUCAAACAUUACUCUUAUAUUCUUUAGUCUCCACUCCGACCGCUUGAUUUUGGUCAGACGGUAAUCAUGCCGAUCAGAAACAUAGCCGUUGGCCGGCCUGAAGAGGCUACUCACCCAGAUGUUCUUAAGGCAGCUUUGGCUGAGUUCAUAUCAACCCUAAUCUUCGUUUUCGCUGGAUCAGGCUCAGGCAUGGCUUUUAACAAGCUGACCGACAAUGGAUCAACCACCCCAGCCGGACUCGUAGCGGCCUCUCUAGCUCACGGCUUCGGGCUUUUCGUUGCUGUCUCGGUAGGCGCCAACAUCUCCGGUGGCCACGUAAACCCUGCUGUCACCUUCGGUGCUUUCGUUGGCGGGAACAUCACUCUUUUACGUGGCAUCCUUUACUGGAUCGCCCAACUCCUUGGCUCAACCGUGGCUUGUCUGUUACUGAAGUUCGCUACCGGUAACCUGUCCGUACCAGCUUUUGGACUGUCAUCUGGUGUUGGAGUGUGGAACGCGUUCGUUUUCGAGAUCGUGAUGACUUUUGGGUUGGUGUACACAGUCUACGCCACAGCCGUUGAUCCUAAAAAAGGAAGUUUGGGAACGAUCGCACCGUUGGCAAUUGGUUUGAUUGUGGGGGCCAAUAUUUUGGCAGGUGGGGCCUUCGAUGGAGCCUCAAUGAACCCAGCCGUUUCAUUUGGACCUGCCUUGGUCAGCUGGACCUGGAAAAACCACUGGGUAUACUGGGCUGGACCUCUUAUUGGUGGUGGGCUGGCUGGGCUCAUCUACGAGUUCUUCUUCAUUAGCCACACCCACGAGCAGCUCCCCACUACCGAAUAUUAAGCGGGUUUAAUUGAUUGUCACUGCGGAUUUUCUCCGAUGUAUUUAAUUUGUUGAGUUUUCUUUUUCCUUGUAUUCUGUGUUUAAUUUGUUGCCGCUGAUCUUGUUUACUUUUCAUUCGCAUCCUCUAUUAUGAUCAUCAUGCAUGGCUGAUGUUGUUUGCAAUUGCAUGCCCUGGAAAAUGGUAUUUGAGUGACUAUUUAUUUAUGAAAAA